CUUUUGUACUCUCCCAAACAGAACUUCAACGACCAUCUUUCAAGCUUUGAACACAAAACCAACACUACAACGUGGUUGAAGAAGAACUAAGAGAGAGAAAAUCACACUACAAAAUCAUCAUGCACUAGAGAGAGAGAGAGAGUGGUUUGUGUCCUUUGACUGAGCCUAAGCCGGCAUAAGCCGUCUAAGGUUGUUGUCUGGUUGAUGAUAAUGUUCUUUUUUAUGUCUGAAUACGCGUUGAAUUUUCUAUCACACUUUUCUCUCUCCUCUUAAUUCCAAUUCAAAGGUCUUCUAACUAAUUUUCUUUCUUUUUUGUUAUUUUUUAUUUUUUUUUAACUUUAUUCCAUGUUUUAUAAUACUUAAGUAUAUUUGAGUAUUCUAAUCUUCACCCCAGAAGUUGAAUUUCACACCCUUUAUUUUCUUCCUUGUAAAAAUGUUUUCUUUUAGUGCUAGGAUCUGAAUUUUGAUGUUUGAUUGUUGUUUACUGCUUCAGAAUUCAAUUGGGUUGGUUUGGAAAUUGGAUUCAUGGUAGAAAAGUUUCAAUCUUUGGUUUUGGAUUGAAAAAAAUAAAUAAAAGUGGUAGUUGUAGUUUUAUUUAGCAUGACUAUGUUCAUGAAUUUUGGUGAGGUUGUUUGAAAGGAAUUUUGUUGCUUUUGAAGGAUGAUAUUGUAAUUGUGAUAUUACUAUAUAUUACAUAGUUGAAGUGUUGUGUAUUUUGGUGCUGCAAAAUGGGUUGUUUAUGUUCCAAGAGUUCAGCUGUGGAAGAUAAUAGUGAAAGUAUAUCAAAGAAAUAUCAAUCAACUAGUACAAGAGUUUCUGAGUUGAAUGUUUUGAGGUUGAAUUCUUCAAAGAGGGUUGAGGGUGGAGGUGAUGUGAGAGUGAAAGCUUCAUCGAAUGAAAAGAAAUCAAAUGGUUCUGGGCAGUUGUAUGAUGAUCAAAAUGGGAGGAAGAAGAAAAUUGAGAAGAAUGAGUUGACUGUUAUUGAUCAUCCUGGAUUUGGAAGAGUUCCAAAGGCUAUAGAAGCCGAACAAGUUGCGGCUGGAUGGCCGGCGUGGCUUUCUUCUGUUGCUGGUGAUGCUAUUAAGGGAUGGAUUCCGAGGAGUGCAAAUACUUUUGAGAGGUUACAUAAAAUUGGGCAAGGAACUUAUAGUACUGUUUAUAAAGCUCGUGAUGUGACUAAUCAAAAGAUUGUUGCAUUGAAGAGGGUGCGGUUUGAUAAUCUUGAUCCUGAGAGUGUCAAGUUUAUGGCAAGGGAAAUACAUAUUUUGCGUAGGCUCGACCAUCCAAACAUAAUCAAACUUGAGGGCUUGAUAACCUCAGAAACAUCUCGCAGCUUGUACCUUGUUUUUGAGUAUAUGGAACACGACCUAACAGGACUUGCAUCAAAUCCCAGCAUCAAAUUCUCUGAACCACAGCUGAAAUGCUACAUGCAUCAACUUCUUAGUGGAUUGGAUCACUGUCAUAGUCAUGGUGUCCUCCACCGUGACAUAAAGGGAUCAAAUCUUCUCAUUGACAAUAAUGGUGUUUUAAAGAUUGCUGAUUUUGGUUUGGCAAAUGUUUUUGACGCCCAUCUCAAUAUUCCAUUGACAAGCCGCGUAGUAACUCUGUGGUACAGACCACCUGAACUUUUACUCGGAGCAAAUCAUUAUGGCGUUGCAGUGGAUUUGUGGAGCACUGGUUGCAUACUAGGGGAACUAUAUACGGGCCGUCCCAUUUUGCCAGGAAAAACGGAGGUUGAGCAAUUGCAUCGGAUUUUUAAACUUUGCGGCUCACCAUCUGAGGACUAUUGGCUUAAGUUGCGGUUGCCACAUUCAACAGUAUUCAAGCCUCCACAUCAUUAUAGACGAUGUGUUGCUGAUACAUUUAAGGAAUACUCAUCAACUGCUCUUAAGCUUAUAGAGACCCUACUUUCUGUAGAUCCAUCAAAUCGAGGGACGGCAGCUGCUGCUCUGAAAAGUGAGUUCUUUACAUCAGAACCUUUGCCUUGUGAUCCAUCAAGUUUACCAAAAUAUCCUCCUAGCAAGGAGAUUGAUGCUAAAAUGCGGGAUGAAGCAACUAGAAGGCAAGGAGCUGUUGGAGAUAAGGAACAAAGAUCUGGCUCAGCGGUUAGACAAGAAAAAGGACCUAGAGCUGCUGUCUUGACAAAAGAUAAUGCUGACUUGGGCGCGUCAAUACAGCAGAAACAUUAUUCCAUCACAAAGAACCGAAGUGAAUUGUCCUACCCUCAUAGAGAACAUGUGUCUGGCACUCAGGGCUACCCACACAAACAAUCAAAAGAUGUUAAAGAAACAGAAAAUAAUUUAUCUGGCCACUUUUAUAAUAGACCGUCACAUUCAGGCCCAUUGGUUCCUGGUUCUGGUUGGGCCAGGGGUGCGAAGGAAGUUGAUAAUGGACCUACAGUUUCAAACAGAGUGAACCUAUCGAAACUAUCCGGGCUAGUUGCAUCUAGGACUUUAUUGUCAGAAGAUCAGGAGCCAAAACCAGUUCCCUCCUUUCCCUACAGAAAAUCAAUUGAAGUAAGAAAAUCCGUCGAGGCGACUAAUGGAUCAGAGUCAAGAAGAAGGCGGGAUAAAAAACGUAUUGUUGAUCAAAGUCAAAUUGUAAAUAGAAGAGUCCCAACUGAAAAAUCAACUCCGGAUGGACAUGGAUCUAGUGGAAACAAGAUAUACAUGUCAGGUCCAUUACUGGCUUCAAACAAUAUGGAUCAGAUGCUCAAAGACCAUGAUCGUAAGAUCCAAGAGUUUUCAAGACGAGCAAGAGGUGAUAAAGUCCGUGCACAGAGAAAGUAGUUACAAAUUACUUAAAAUAUUUCUGAUUCGGCAGCUGCAUACGGUAUUUUUAUGAUAACAUUUAUUUAUCUCUCAAAACUUGAGAGAAACAAGUCAAGAGUAGUGGAGAGUGCAUUCACUCUUACUGUAACAUAUAUCAUGUAAAUUGCAGGCUCUAUAACAACAAAUUUAUCUUUUACUAUUCAUGUUUCAACCAUAUACAAAUACAAAAUAAUAUAAACAAUUUACUAUGGUAGCUGUUCGUGAAA